UUAGCGACUCCUCUGCUUUGGGCCGGACUCGCGUCGUUGACUGGCGAGCAAGAGACAGAGCUCGCCGUUGCUGUCCAACAGUUGAAAAGACCCCGGGCUCCAGACCAGCUUCCAGGGUUAUAGACCUGCUGCCGAGCACAAUACUACUACACUGCUGCAGAAGCACAAUUCGCCUCGAGCACGCCGCGCCUUUCAACACGAUCCGAUACUUCGAUCUUCACCAGUCCGAACAGCUUACCCACUUGUCGUGGCACUGUGCCUGAGUGGCAAUUGUUGCUAAGCAACAGCAACAUUUCUCUUCCACCCUGUCUGCGGACUUACUGAGACCCUCGGUGAAAGACAGGCCCCUGUCUGCCCCCAACCCUCAGCGCAUCUCAUUUCUUUCCAGUAUAGUUCAAAAGCUAUACACUGGCGUUUCGGGUUGUACGAACAACAAUUUGCCGGCUUCCCCAAACGCAACCUGCGAGGCGUGAUGGGAGAUUUCGCGACAUCCGGACCGACGCUCGGUACCGAGCACGACGAACCAUCAACAACGACCACUUCAGCUGCCGAAAAGACCAUUGGCGAUGUUCACCCCACUGAAAAAGAGCCACUCUCUACGGUAGCAAAUGGCGCCCAAGCUGAUCCCGCAGCUUUUGCCAACCAACCGCAUGGUGGCCAUGUGUCUCACGGAUCUCAGCAGCAGUCUCCCUACAAUAUGGCACCCAUGGCUAGCGCCUUACCGCGAGGGUGUCAUAGAGGCGGGCAACAAUUCCCACAGAGUGGCCAACAGCGCUUUAUACCGACUGCAUCGCCCCCUGUGAUGCACCAGAUGGACCAUACGGGGCAAUAUGGUCCGUCCUCGCCCAUGGGUAUGGGCAACCAUGCAUAUUACGGGUCACAGCAGCCCCAUGUAUCCCAAUACUAUGGAGGAGGCCAUAUGCCUCCUGCGCAUGCUCAUCGGCAAAAUAUGAGCUACUACCAGAACCAGAUGCUUAUGGGGCAUUCACAGCCAGGGUACUACUAUCCUCAGAAUGUUCAGUACGCGCCACCAAAUCAAAGUAUGCAAGCCGCCAUGUUUUCAGGGCAGUACAUGCCCACGAGUCCGACGACGCCGAUCGAUCCACGAGUAACCAUCAAUCACCACCCCGAUCCACGCUGGUCGGCACAGGACAGAAGAGGCCCAGAUGAGCAGGAUCGGCAACAGACGAGCGCUGUGCGCGGGCCGCCAAGGAAACCUAGACAGAGUGGCCACGCGAUAUGGGUCGGCAACCUGCCACCACAAACUGAGCUCAUGAGCCUCGUGCAUCAUGUAUGCCAGGAAGCUCCGGGCCUCGAGUCGUUGUUCUUGAUUUCCAAGAGCAAUUGCGCCUUUGCUAACUUCAAGGACGAUGCAACGUGCGCGGCCGCGCAGCAGAAAUUACACGAUUCCAAGUUUCAGUCCGUAAGGCUCGUAAGCCGCUUGCGAAAGAGCACGGUCGAGGGAGCCGGUGGUGCGACGGCACCAACGGGGCCAGCAGGUUCGAGUACAGCCUCAACGUCGACGGUGCCAACGGACGAAGACAACACUACUGCCAAGCCCGAGACACCUGAAGAUUCCACUGGGGAGGAGCCUCAGACUACACGUCCGCGUCAAACCGUAGCCGAUGGGGGACAGCAAGACAAAUUCUUCAUCUUGAAGAGCUUGACCGUGGAGGACCUUGAACGGAGUGUACAGACAGGCAUGUGGGCGACACAAUCUCACAACGAGGACACGCUCAACAAUGCUUUCAAGGCGACGGACAAUGUAUAUCUUGUCUUUUCAGCGAACAAGUCUGGCGAAUAUUUUGGAUAUGCUCGGAUGGCUUCAGAGAUUAACCAGGACCCCGACGCCGCCAUUGAAUUUGCCCCGAAAGCGCAAACGACGACCGAUACCGAUUUGCCAAAGGCUAUCCCGACCGAGGCGACCGAACAUGCACCCAGCGGACGUAUAAUUGACGAUUCUGCGCGAGGUACAAUAUUCUGGGAGAUUGAACGCGACGAAGCAGAGGACGAAGAGGAUGAGACACAAAAUAAAGAGACGGACGAGGAGGAGGACCAGAAGACGUGGGGUAAGCCCUUCAAGCUAGAGUGGCUUUCUACAAAUCGACUUCCCUUCUACCGAGCGAGAGGGUUACGAAACCCGUGGAACUCGAGCCGGGAGGUGAAGAUUGCAAGAGAUGGAACAGAGCUGGAGCCUGCCGUGGGCAGAAAGCUCAUAGGAUAUUUCAACCGAUUCCCGAGCCAUACACAAUACGGGCAGCCCAUGAGGGCGCCCAUGGGAAUGGUACCUGGGUACCCCCAGAUGAGGCUGUAUGGGUCCUGAAAGAAGCACAGUGCUGCAUGGAGGUGAAGGAAAGCAUACACGAAGCGUCAUCGCGGAAGUACAACGACAAGACCCUGCGGGUCACGGAUCUUUCUUUGCAAGAGCAUGGUCCGGCUACCAUGGUUAUGAUGGGAAGGUCUCGAUUCUCUGGAGCAUUGCACGGCUUGAAACGAAUGGGAAGCAGGCGUUGUAUAGGGGUGCCGGUUGACUGCAUUGCGAACACGAUACGUACACGAUACCACAAAUCUGCAGAUACACGGA